CAUUUUGGGCCACCAGAAGUGGUGUUUCAGCAGUGAGAGGUUUUUUGGAUGCCGGGGUGACCAGUGCCUGCAGAGUUAUGUGCCUUAAAGAUUAACGGAGUUCGUCAUGUAAAGGCAGAGAGGAGGGUUUUUGACGAUAUACGGGGUUGUGAAGCAUUUAAAAGCAGAAGACUUCCUUCUCAGCAGUUUCACCCACAACAAGUGGCACGUUGGAUAAACCUGUUUUAGAAUAUUCUGGUUUCAUCUUUGGCUUUGCAAUCAUGGAAAUCAUUGGAGUUUCACGAAAUCUUCUGGUGUUCAUAUCGGUUCUGUCUCUGGCCAGUGCAACAACAACAACAGCAGCACCAACAACCACAACAGCAACACCAACAACCACAUAUUCACCAACAACAACAACAACAACACCAACAACAACACCAACAACAACAAUAACAACACGAUCAUCAUCAACAACAGCACACUUCACGACAACUACAACUCCAACUACUACAACUGGCAUUCAAUGGCCAGCGAUUUUCUAUCCAUUUGGCUCUGUGGUCGGAGACGUUCAAACUCUUACUACUAAUAUUUUUGAUGACAGCUACGCUACAGCUUCCCUAACCAGUCCGUUUGUAUAUUUUGGGCGCACGUACAGCACAAUAUAUGUCAACAAUAAUGGACUCCUUUCAUUCAACCAAGCGAUCCCAGAAUCAAAUCCUUACACUUUUCCUUCUGGAGGUGAAGAUUUAAUUGCUCCUCUCUGGACUGAACUGGAUGACUAUGGACUUGGUGCAUACUACUAUCAGGAGUACACAUUUGGAAAUGUCCUCACACGAGCCACAGAAGAUAUCAAACGCUAUUACCCUGGUGUGAGCUUCAACGCUACUUGGGUCUUUGUAGCAACUUGGGACUAUGUUAACACUUGGGAUCAAAACACGUUUUUACAGCAUUCAGCCCCAUCAAUCUCGUUUCAAGCGGUUUUAAUUUCGGAUGGUGUCUCCUCCUUUAUUCUGAUGAACUAUGGGGACAUGAGUACGAUAGUUUAUCAAACAGAGGCUGGAUAUGACACAGUUGGCUCCACACAUUACUUUGUCAUUCCUGAGUCGAACGACGGCAACCUCAUCCCAAACCUCAAGUCCUCAAGUAAUGUAAACACUCCAGGCCGUUGGGUUUUCUCUGCAAAUCAAGGCAUUGUACAAUUUUCAGCGAUUUUCUAUCCAUUUGGCUCUGUGGUCGGAGACGUUCAAACUCUUACUACUAAUAUUUAUGAUGACAGCUAUGCUACAGCUUCCCUAACCAGUCCGUUUGUAUAUUUUGGGCGCACGUACAGCACAAUAUAUGUCAACAAUAAUGGACUCCUUUCAUUCAACCAAGCGAUCCCAGAAUCAAAUCCUUACACUUUUCCUUCUGGAGGUGAAGAUUUAAUUGCUCCUCUCUGGACUGAACUGGAUGACUAUGGGCUUGGUGCAUACUACUAUCAGGAGUACACAUCUGGAAAUGUCCUCACACGAGCCACAGAAGAUAUCAAACGCUAUUACCCUGGUCUGAGCUUCAACGCUUCUUGGGUCUUUGUAGCAACUUGGGACUAUGUUAACACUUGGGAUCAAAACACGUUUUUACAGCAUUUAGCCCCAUCAAUCUCGUUUCAAGCGGUUUUAAUUUCGGAUGGUGUCUCCUCCUUUAUUCUGAUGAACUAUGGGGACAUGAGUACGAUAGUUUAUCAAACAGAGGCUGGAUAUGACACAGUUGGCUCCACUCAUUACUUUGUCAUUCCUGAGUCAAACGACGGCAACCUCAUCCCAAACCUCAAGUCCUCAAGUAAUGUAAACACUCCAGGCCGUUGGGUUUUCUCUGCAAAUCAAGGCAUUGUACAGUUUUCAGACAUUUUUUAUCCAGUUGGUUUGCCGUUCGGAGACGUUCAAACUCUUACUACUAAUAUUUUUGAUGACAGCUACGCUACAGCUUCCCUAACCAGUCCGUUUGUAUAUUUUGGGCGCACGUACAACACAAUAUAUGUAAACAAUAAUGGACUCCUUUCAUUCAACCAAGCGAUCCCAGAAGCACAUCCUUACAUUUUUCCUUCUGGAGGUGAAGAUUUAAUUGCUCCUCUCUGGACUGAACUGGAUGACUAUGGACUUGGUGCAUACUACUAUCAGGAGUACACAUCUGGAAAUGUCCUCACACGAGCCACAGAAGAUAUCAGACGCUAUUACCCUGGUCUGAGCUUCAGCGCCACUUGGGUCUUUGUAGCAACUUGGGACUAUGUUCAAACUUGGGAUUCAAACACAUUUUCACAGCAUUCAGCCCCAUCAAUUUCGUUUCAAGCGGUUUUAAUUUCGGAUGGUGUCUCCUCCUUUAUUCUGAUGAAUUAUGGUGAUAUGAGUACGAUAGUUUAUCCAACAGAGGCUGGAUUUGACACAGUUGGCUCCUCACAUUAUUAUGUCAUUCCUUUGUCAAACGAUCCCAACCUCAUCCCCAACCUCAAGUCCACAAGUAAUGUAAACACUCCAGGCCGUUGGGCUUUUCUUCUAAAUAGAGAAAAUGUGGUAGGGCUUCAAAUGAAAGUCACUUCAUUUCUAGACCUAACAGACAGUGGGAACCUUGCGUUUGUUAUGCAGAAACUGAAAGAUGAGCUGGUUAUUCUGGGUCUGCCGAGCGAUGUGCGGGUGACUGCACGCAGAGUCGAGAAGACUCCGUAAAAUAACCUUCAUAUACAGAAGCAAAUUAAAACCAGUUUUAGUCUCUGACACCAGAUUGUCUUGCUGUUGUGCUCUCGACUUUCUAUGUUUCACAAACAUGUAACGUUCAUGUUUAAAUGUAAGAGUAAAAAAUUUUGAUCACUAUUUCUGUAAAUAUUUCUUCCUGACAACUUUUUACUUUUUUCCUACUGUAUGUACCCUAGUUAAUAAAUUUGUCAAUUAUUUCACAAUUGCUGUGGACAUUCUUUUACUGAACUGUACACUAAACUCUACAUGUGUCCUAUGUAGUGACAGU